CAAUGCUUAAGUGCCAUCUCUAUGGCAUUGCCAGCUGAGAGACGCGCGAAAUAUAUGAACUAAUUGGAAAAGUGAAAACAAAAUUUGUUUUUAAUCGAUUUAAAACGAUGGAAACGCGUCUGGAAGUGCGUCUUAGGGAACCUAAUCCACUGUUCACUCGGUGGUUGGAGCGCUGGCUGCGCGAAGCCGAGAGACGACAGCAAAAAUCCCAAUUUAAGUUGCGACUGGCUCUGGAGGCCCUCAAAAGCUAUCCUCUUCCGUUGUACAGCGGCCGGGACUGUGCUGUCCUGCGUGGAUUCGGUGGCACCCUCUGUCAGCUGAUAGACGAGGAGUUGCGACAGCAUCGGGGUCUUAGUUUGGUGACGGCCACCACAACGGCCGCCACCAGUAGCGUGCAGUACGAGCAACAGGUGCAGAAGGUGGUGAAGAGGGUGCAGGAGGCGCAACAGGAUCAGAGGAAACCGGCGAAACCGGCCAAGGCGCCCAAGCCCAAGAAGCUGACCAAAAAGGAGCAACUGGAACUGGCGGCCGCCGAAGAGCGAGAGCGUUUCGUGGAGAUGAUACCGGGAUCCUUUGAAAUUCUCCUUCUGGUGGACACCCAAGAGACGAGUGGCAAGAACAAGAGAGUGCUGGACCAGACCAGAAGCUACCUGGAAUCCUUCGGAGCGAAACACGAAGUCCGCCGCCUCACCAUUGGUGACUUCCUUUGGAUAGCCAAGGACCGGGCAGGAAACGAGCUGGUGCUGCCCUACAUCAUCGAACGGAAGCGCAUGGACGACCUGGCGUCCAGCAUACGCGACGGUCGCUUUCACGAGCAGAAGCAUCGCCUGAAGCAGAGCGGGCUGCGGCAUGUGAUCUACCUGGUGGAGGAUUAUGGCGAUAACGAACAGCUCGGCCUGCCCCUGGACUCCCUGCAGCAGGCUCUGGCCAAUGCCCGGGUGCAGACGGGUGUGCAGGUGGUACGCACCGAGAAUCACUACCGAUCGAUGAGCUAUUUGGCCUCCAUGACGCGCUCCUUGCAGCAGAUCUUUGCCAGGAAGACCCUGCAGAGCGUGGAGAGGGGUGUCGUGCCCAGUUCCCACUGCCUGGUGACCUCCUCCACGAUCGGAUUGCUCAAGUUCCGUGCCCUGUACGAAGACUCCGCCAAGAAUGCCCAGCUUACUGUGCGGGAGGUCUUUGUCCAGCAACUCCUGCAGUUACAUUCCCUCUCCCUGGAACGUGCCAUCGCCAUCGUGGAGCUCUAUCCCACCCCCCGCCUGCUGCUGGAGGCGUACGAUAACUGUCCGGGGCCGAAGGAGGCCAGCCAGUUGCUGGCCAAGAUACCAUGCGGUCCGCUGGAACGGCCGCUGGGCGAGAAGAUCAGCCAGUGCCUGUACGAGUUCUAUAAAAGGGAGUUUCGUUAGGAUUAGCAAUUGAUUUAAUGGGACAUAUCUAAAGUUAUAUACACGAGUUUAUACAUUAAGUGA